ACAGCUGCAUCAGAAAUCAGAUCGGUAUCAGCCAAUAUGCCUCCUUAAAAAUCAGCUGUUGGUAUCGGGCCCCAAAAUCGCUAUCGGUGAGCCCCUAGAUACCAGUAGUGUCAAAUAGGGCUGUUGGUGUCAGUCACAUCAUGUGCAAGAAUAUAGCCAAUUUGAGAAAUCAGGAGGAAAAUGUCAGUUUUAGUUGGGGUGUACAAGUAGCAGAGAAGCUGGCAGAAUGGUGCAAGAAGGCCUUGUCCCAUAGGAAGUGUCUUGGGAAGUGAAACUGAGAGCAAAGGAGCCUGGCCUGUGGAUAGUUUGCUUUCUUUUUGUGUGUUAGAAAGAUCUGUGACUUUAAAUAUAUGACUUAGAUAAAUACAUGGGGGAGGGGAGGGCGGAGGACAUGCACAGCAGCUGGGCACACAAACAGUUUGUGUACUGGGACAUAAAAAGAAACUGAGACUAGGAGAACAGGGAAUUAUAAAGAGCAAGCAGAGGUCUCAUAGGUAUGACUUUUUGACCUUAAAGGUAACAUGUGAUUCCAGGUAGUUCAGCAAGGGAAGUACGUACCUCUCCUGCCCAAAGCAAAUUGACACCAGGCAUCUUGCCAGCAUCACACUUAAAUGCUUCAUCACUUGAUUUCUUCUCUUCCGCAGGGUCAUCUGAGCGAGGGCUAUGGACAGCUAUGCAGCAUCUACCUCAAACUGCUGAGAACAAAAAUGGAAUUCCAUAUAAAAAACCCUAGGUUCCCUGGCAAUCUCCAGAUGUCUGACCGGCAGCUCGACGAGGCAGGAGAAAAAGAUGUCAAUAACUUUUUCCAGUUGACAGUGGAGAUGUUUGAUUAUUUGGAGUGUGAGCUGAACCUGUUCCAGACAGUAUUCAACUCCUUGGACAUGUCUCGCUCCGUGUCUGUCACUGCUGCUGGUCAGUGCCGCUUGGCCCCACUGAUACAGGUCAUAUUAGACUGCAGUCAUCUCUAUGACUACACUGUCAAGCUUCUCUUCAAGCUGCACUCCUGUCUCCCAGCUGAUACACUACAAGGACACAGGGACCGUUUUCUGGAACAGUUCAGAAAGCUCAAAGAUUUGUUCUAUCGCUCCAGCAACUUGCAAUACUUUAAACGGCUGAUCCAGAUUCCACAGCUUCCAGAGAAUCCUCCCAACUUCCUACGGGCCUCAGCACUGUCAGAACAUAUCAGCCCUGUGGUGGUCAUACCAGCAGAGACUUCGUCACCGGAUAGUGAGCCCAUCACUGAUCUGGUAGAAAUGGACACAGCUUCACAACAGAGUCUGUUCGACAAUAAGUUUGAUGACAUCUUUGGCAGUUCGUUUGGUAAUGAUCCUUUCAACUUCAACAGUCAGAAUGGGAUGAGCAAGGAUGACAAGGACCGGUUAAUUGAGCAGCUUUAUCGGGAGAUCAGUGGCCUCAAGGAGGAGCUGGAAAACUUUAAAGCAGAGAGCCAUCGCCUGGUGAUGCAACUGCGGGGGCGGAUCAGUGAGCUGGAGGCAGAGCUGGCAGAGCAGCAGCACCUCAAGCGACAGGCUUUGGAUGAAAGUGACUUCCUUCACACCGAGCUGGAUGAGCUGAAAAAGCAGCGGGAGGACACAGAGAAAGCGCAGAAGAGCCUGACUGAGAUUGAGAGGAAGGCACAGGCUAACGAGCAGCGGUACACCAAGCUGAAGGAGAAGUACAGCGAGUUGGUGCAGAACCAUGCCGACCUGCUACGCAAGAAUGCAGAGGUCACCAGACAGGUAACAGUAGCAAGACAAGCCCAAGGCGACAUGGAGCAGGAAAAGAAAGAAUUAGAGGACUCCUUCCAGCGCAUGAGCGAGCAGACGCAGAGGAAGUCUCAGGAACAAACAGAAGUCUUGGAAACCUUGAAGAGAGAGCUUGCAGCCAGCAAGCAGGAGCUGCAGAGCCUCCAAAGCACAUUGGAAUCCAGUACACGGUUGAGAGGAGAGCAGAGCACCAGGAUAGCAAGCUUAGAGCAGGAGAAGGACAGCUGGACUCAAGCAAUGGCACAGAAUAACCAGGAGGUGACAAAUUUGCAAGCAGAACUGCAACACCUAAAGAGCAUGCUAGACAGCGAGCAGGAGAGCAGCAGUAAGAUGCUGGAGGCACUACAGGCCCAGCUGGGAAAGAAGGAGAGCUGUGAGCAGGCCCUCCAACAGCAGCUUCUGGACCAGCAGUUUUUCCUACUGCAAUGCACUGUGCAGGAGGCAGAGCAGAUGGUGCAGGACUCCCUGAACCAACUCAAUGACCCUGCCCACAUCAGCUGCAUGAGCUCCACAGAUUAUCUCCUGUCCCGAACACUGGCUGCAUCUGACUGUAUAGAGCGGCUUCAGGACGCACAUGGCAAAUACCUAUCCAACUGCACAGAUGUGAGCAGCCUGCUGCCGUGUGUGGCCAUGUUUGCCCACCUGAUCAGUGACACCAUCUUGCAGGGCAGUGCCACUGCUCACAUGGCUCCUUUGGAGCCUGCUGACUUUCUGUUGGAGGCCUGCAAACAAUGUGGGAAUGAGGCUCUGCAUUACCUCAGUGCCCUGAAAGACAAAGCAUCCCUGGAAAAUGCUGACUGCACACCUGUGAGAAACUGCCUGAGCAGAAUCAGUGCCAUUGGGGAGGAGCUGCAACCCAAAGGCCUGGAUGUAGAGCAGGAGGAGCUGGGGGACUUGGUGGACAAGGAGAUGGCAUCUACUUCAGCAUCCAUAGAAAUAGCCACUGCCAGAAUAGAGGAUAUGCUCAGCAAGUCGCGGGCUGGAGACACUGGGGUCAAACUGGAGGUCAAUGAGAGGAUCCUGGGCUCCUGCACAGGCCUGAUGCAAGCUAUCCAGGUGCUAGUCCUGGCUUCUAAGGACCUCCAAAGAGAGAUUGUGGAGAGUGGACGGGGUGCAGCAUCCCGCAGAGAGUUCUAUGCCAAGAAUUCCCGCUGGACAGAGGGUCUCAUUUCUGCCUCCAAAGCUGUAGGCUGGGGAGCAACCAUCAUGGUUGAUGCAGCUGACCUUGUGGUGCAGGGGAAAGGGAAGUUUGAGGAGCUGAUGGUGUGUUCUCAUGAGAUCGCAGCCAGCACUGCGCAGCUGGUGGCUGCCUCCAAGGUGAAAGCAGAUAAGGACAGCACAAACCUGUCCAAGCUUCAGCAGGCUUCACGAGGUGUUAACCAGGCCACAGCCGGGGUGGUAGCUUCCACCAAGUCUGGAAAGUUACAGAUUGAGGAGAAAGACAGUAUGGACUUCUCCAGCAUGACACUAACUCAGAUCAAGCGCCAAGAAAUGGACUCUCAGGUCCGAGUCUUGGAGCUGGAAAAUCAGUUGCAGAAAGAACGCCAGAAGCUGGGAGAUCUGCGCAAGAAGCAUUAUGAGCUAGCAGGUGUGGCAGAGGGCUGGGAUGAGGAUGCUGCAGACUAGCUUCCAGAACCUGAAUCUGCAAUGGAUGGAUGCCCCUUCAGUUGGCCGGGACCCAGCUUGGUACAGCCCUUUCUGAAGAUACACAAUAAACUGGUGCAAAAUCCAACCUGAAGCACAUGUCCUCUGCAUUCACAAGGAGCUUCCUCUCAGCGCCAUCGGUCGGGGCGGCCCAACCAGUCCUACAGGCUGGGGGGCGCCAACAGUAGAAGCAAGGCUUCCCCAGCCGUGGCAGUGCUGCCUCCCCUCCUUAGCCACAAGACAGAAACGCUGCAUGUGUAUUUAUUUGAGCUGCUUUGAGGAUCUCUGGGGGCUUGGGGUUUAACCCUUUUGUUUCAUUUUUUGCACAGACUCUCUGGACUGUUUCUCCUCAGCGACAUCUGAGCUGAGCCCUGCCUGGUGCCCUGGCAGCAAAGGCUUCACUCUGCAUACAACCGCUAGGGUGCUGCUCUGACCUCUCCGUGCUUCCCCAGCCCUGCCAGUGCACGCAUUUAACUGGUGGCAAGCAAAUGCCCUGCCAGAGGUCCAUCCUGGUCUGAACAUUUGGAGAUGUAGCAAAGCCCCAAAUGAGUUCUCUUGCUAACAUUACUGGGCAGGCUCUGGGCAUGGUGCUGGGCAUUUGUGCCUCCCCCCCACUGUGGUUCCCCUCCUGCUUGCUCUGGAGCAGCUGUACCUGUGGGGCAGGCUCUGCUAGGGUUGGGCUGUGCCUUUGCAGUCAUCCCAGGGAUGGAGUGGAACCAGUGCCUUUGCUGCUGGAAGAGGCCUGACAGGCCUGCAGGCCUGCUCUCCCUUAAGGUCCUACCACACUGGGAAUAGCCAUCCCUGGAGCAGCUGACCCCACUUGAGCCCCAGGGGCUAGGGGGAACUUGCCUCCUUGAAGGCUGGUGCUUAGAGAGCCUCUGGGGUGUCUGUUUUGUUUGCUGUUGAUUGCAGUGGAUAGUUCACUAUCCAGCCUCUCCCACAAACUCCUUCUACAGAGAUAACAUCUUUACAGUCAUUGAGACCCCUGAUGACUGCAAGUGGGGACUUGGCCUGAUAGCAAAGGAGAGGAUUUAAUGCAUUCUCAGCCUGUUAUCUCAAACUCACCCUCUCCUGAGGAACAAUUCUGUUCCCCAGCUCCAAGCAAAGGAGCAGUGGCCAGCUGGCUCCCAGGCCUUGUUCCCCAUCCUUGUGGCAUUAGAGUCCUUGAUCAAUGUGUUAGUGCCAGCAAUAAACCAUUGUAAAAGGUGCUUGGCCCCUGGCACAGGGAAGUGUCUGCCUCUGGCUUCCUGUUGCUCCAUCACAAGCUGCUGCCUUAGCCCUCUGGGAGUAUGCUGCAGCUGGACCAGCCCCUGCCCCCUGGGGAUGUGUAUACCUGCCCCACCAGCUCAACACACCUCAUAGGCUGGCUAGAAAGUGGAGCUGUGGCACUGUGUCCAGCCAGGCUGCAAUCAAACACCCUAGGAUAGGUCACCAGUCAGAUCAGAAUCAGUAGUGAGCACUUGUACAGAUGGGAGGAGCCUUGAACGGCUACUAGAUUUUGGCCAUCUCACCCUCUGCUUUGCCCCAGUGCAGCCAUUGGUUAGUGCUGAGCAGAAGCCUCCCCUGCCCUGGGGACCUGGUGCUUUCCCCUGGGCUACCUGCUGUGCAUCCCUGCUGGUGCUAUUCCUCUGCACGUUCUGAUCACUGUGAACCUGCCUCACGCACCUGUGGCCCUGGGAGCUACCAUAGGAUUUUCUGGGCAGGGGAAAUCGGGGAGCAGUCCUGCCUCCCUGUCUCCUUUCUCCCAUCAGUAGAUUGAAUGGAGAAGGCUGGGGUGUCAUAUACUGAAGGUGUAUGUUAUGUGCCCUCCUUUAGAGCUGGGACUCUAAGGGCAACCUGGGAUCAUCCAGCUCCCUAUUUCCUACCCUGAGGAACAGAUCUCUGGCUCAAUUCUGUGAAGAUCUGAACUCGGCCUUAUAAACCAAGCUGACUGGUCUGAGCACAGCCAUACCCUCCUUCCAGACCUGUCCCUGCCCAUUCAGACAGCCUCGGCUGGGGCCUGGACUAGGCAAACUGCAAUAGGCAACAGUAGUAGCCACUACAUUCUGCCAACAGCAGAGAGCUUUCCUGAAGGGGAGAGCUUCUGGCACUCUUGAGUUAGAGAUGCCUUUGACCACCCAGGCAGACAAGUACCCUUCCUACUAAAAUACAGGCAGCAAUGCAAAUGAGGACCAGAGCCAGCAUCGCCCCUAUGGAGCCCAUCUAUAGAUAGUGGAGGGUAAGCUGGGGGCGAGGUGUAGUUACCAAUUCAGACCUAGCACAAGGGUGUCUAGCCCCACCAAAUCUUCCUUACCUGGCCAGGGAAUACAUUCAGUCCAUUGAAUGUUAGGAAGUGCUAUUACCUGUACUCAGCAAUGACUUUGAGUGGGGAUUUUCAUUAAAGACAGACCCCAUGGCAGUCUGACAGGGAUUUUACAUAAAUCUGCAGAGGAGUUCCAUGAAGGGAGGGUUGCAACUUUGCAACAGUGGAGAUUUGCUUUCAGUUGACACUAACAAGAAUGCUCAAGUCACCAUAGUCCAUCUGGCCUGUCUCUUGCCUUUUUGGAGCCUAAUCCCAAUAGAAUCCAUGUGCUCUGCAGUUUGGAAACCACCUAGUUACCAGGAAACUUGACCUGUUCCUGAGGAGCUGGGCUAUCCCUGCUGCUCUCACUCACUCUUCCGCCAGGUGUAUAUAACAUGCGUGGAGGGUCCAACCUAUCUUGAGUAACCCAAACUUUGGAAGAAGGGGCCAGAGUAAGGACAGCCACUAACUGCUGGCUUUGGCACGUAAUUCCCUGUGCUGCCCCAGAAAAGAUACAGAGUCAAGGUUACGGCCCUGACUAAAUAACCAACCUCUACCUGCCUGUGUUCCACAGAGUGCUCUAGUGGGGUGAGACCUGCCACCACCUGCAGCAAUAUAGGACCUUCCGCUGUGGGCUUUCACUGCCCAUCCAGAGUCUGUGUCCUCCACACAUGGCAUAGCUAUAGCAAGUCACUGCUCCGUAAUGUGCCUAACUUGCAUUCUGCUGCAGGCCUUCACCCCUCCUUGCAGACUCAAGCCAAAUACAGUCCCGCAGGAUCAGUUCCAAGGAUCAUCCUUGGCUUCCAGGCAUUUCUAAAGCAAUAUAAAUAAUCCCAUUGCUUCAGUACAAGGAGACUUGGGUGGUCCUGAGAAUCCUGCCCACCUGUUUCUGGGAUCCCACUAUUCAAGGGAACCCCCCACUACCUCAGGUUUCCAGGCUGUGGUCCAAACUGGGUUGUGACCCAUGGGACAAACCGAGGAGGAGCAGAAGGGGUUUUGGAGAAGGCUUGGUGACAAAAUACAAUAUCCGUCUCAAACUGAAAUGAUUUUUAUCAAUUCCUGUAAGUGAUUAAAACAGGUCUUGGCAGGCAUCUGGCUCAUAAAGGGUUACAGAUGCCAGCUGUUUUCCAGUGGGACUUUUAAUUACUGUUUUUGUUUUGGUUUUUUCAUUGUAUAAUAUGUUGUUUGUGUGUUUUUAAUUUUUAAAUAAAUAUUUUGACCCA